AUGACAAAGGCAGAUCUCACGCUCUCCUACAUUGACGGACGGCCGUCCACGGUCGGCAUCAAGGCCGUCAACGAGGUGCUGCGCACAGUCGGCGUCCACGCCAACCGGGCUCCCUCUCCCCCCGAGGCUCGCCCGAUCCUAGAAGCGUCCAAGACCCGGGCCCUUUCGGAGGACGAGCAGGCCCAGCUAAUCUCCAUGUUCAGCCUACACCGCAGCGACCUGCUGGCGCAAAUUCAGCUUGCCGGCCGCACGCCCGAGGUCCAUGACGGCGGCCACCUGAACACCUCGGAGCACGGGGUUGCUCCGUACCCCAAGGUCUACGACAUGCAGGCCAUGGACCAAGACGCCAAGCACUUGGUGCAGGCGCGCUUCGGCCGCCUCCACGUCAACACGACCGAUAAAGGCGUCGGUAUUGACGAGGUCAUGACGGUGGUGUCGGGCGGCCCGAUGACGUGGUUCUACCAGCUCCCCGACGGCGCGGUCGUCAAGCUCUCGGUGCCGGUUGUGGAGACGGGCGGCCCGGCCUGGCGCCUCAGCUAUCCCGGCAAGCGACCCCACGGUGCCUUCCUCGACGCCGAGCACGGCCUCAUAGUCGCGUACGCCCACGGCCCCGAGAAGUUCGUCAUGCGCUACGAGGUCCCGAGUGCCCAGGGCUCCGAGGCUCUGGCGACUAAUCCGUGGAUCGACUUUGGCGGCGACGCGCCCCGGCUGCUGGGCGAGUGA